AUGGCGCCCGUGCUCGCACGAAGGCUCGCCCUCGGGCUGCUCGGCGCCCCCCUCGCCUGCGGCAGCGGCCCGUGGGAGUGGGCCGGCACGUUCGACCUUGCUGCCGGGCAUUACACGUGGUCCUGCACAAAGUCGGAGUCGGGCAGUUACGCGGACGCGUCCGCGAAGAUUCUCGUGUAUCCGCUGGACGACUCGUCUGAUGAGUCGCUUGAGGCCGUCGAGGCAGACGCCGAAGCGGCAUGGGAUGCUACCUCCAUCCCGAACGGGUGUCGGCGGAUUCUUCAUGUGGACACAGCUGGGGCUUACGCCGUCUUCUUCGAGCACAGUCCCUACGAGUUCGAGAAUGGCUUCCACUAUCUGAGAACGGAGGGCGGCGAGGAUGUAGAACCCGCUUUUGAGGAAGAGGGCGGCAACCACUCGCACGAAGAGCAUGAGGAGCACUGCCCGUGGGACCUGGAGUGGGAGUGGUCGGCUAUCUUCCCUGUGGAGCAGGGUUGGUACGACUGGAACGCGGAGAAGGUCGACGGGGACUACGCCGACGCGCACAUGAAGAUUGUGAUCAUGAGUGCUACCGGGACGGACCUCCACGACCUGGAGACACAGGCCGACGCCUAUUGGGAUGCGAUCACAGAUUCCGACGAGGUGGACGUUGGGGAGACGAUCCCGCUCGAUGUCGGCACCACGCUGCACUUCAGCCAGGAGACGUGGGCGUCGCACUUCAAGAUCUACGUGCCGGCGGGCACGUCCCACAUCGCGGUGUUCGCGGAGCACUUCCCGACAGAGUUCGAAGGCGCGUACCAUUACCUCCGGUCCGCCGACGGCGAGGACAUCGAGCCCGUGGCCGAGGAGUCGGGCGCAGGAUGCGAGAGCGCCAGCGAGAGCACCAGCACCGACGACUCAAAGAUCUGGGGCGAGGUGAUCCUGGCCGCGUUCGUCACCGUGCUCCCGACACUGAUCGGCAUCGUGCUCGUUGUGCUGACGUGCAUGCCCAAACUGAAGGCCAUUUUGGCUGGAGAGGGCGGCGUCGUUGCCGUCAUUCACUCGUUCGCCUCGGGCGUGAUCUUUGCGGCCGCCGUGUUCCUCCUGCUGCCGGAGGGUUUGUAUCUUGUCACCGUUGGAAAGACAGAGGCUGGCGGCUCCGGGAUGUGGGGCACCUGCGUCAUGGCAGGCUGGCUCUUCGCUGUCAUGGUCAAGUACUUGCUCCAGCUCGUGGUGGGAGAGAGCCCGAGCGUCACCGUGCCGGCCGCGAACGGGGAGGCAGACGGGGAGCCGCAGAAGAGCAGGGGCACUAGCUGGAUCGUCUCCUUCCCCAUCCUGUGCGGAGACAUGUUCCACAACUUCUCGGACGGUCUGGUCCUUGGGGUCGCCUUCAAGACGUGUGGCGCGUCCUUCGGGUGGAAGAUCGCGGGGAUUACGGUCCUGCACGAGCUUCCGCAGGAGCUUGCGGACUUCGCCGUUCUGAUCACAAAGGGGACGAUGGCCUGGCCCAUGGCCCUCACCCUCAACUUCAUGUCUGGGCUCGCGACG